AUGUUUAUUAAAAUAGAGCGAGUGCUUAUAUCGGCACAGCGUGGAGGUUUCUUCUCAUGUAAUGGAUUUGAUGCAUAUGUUCCAGAACAAGUAGCAUCAAAUUUUACUUAUUCUAAUGUUUGGAAUCAUCUUCUUUCAAUUCAUGAAGAAACUUCAUUACAUCUGUUAUUAUGGGGAGGUGAUCAAAAUUAUAUUGAUUUUAUUUUUGAUGAUAUUCCAUUCCUUCGUGCUUGGAUUAAUAUGGAAUGGAAUGAAAGAUGGACGACUGAUUUUCGAGAUGAUUUAAAAAAACAAGUUGAACAAUAUCAUUUUAAUACUUAUGCAGAAAAUUGGGAUUGUCGUCCUGAAGUAAAAAAAGCUCUAACAUCAAUUCCGAGUUUAAUGAUGUGGGAUGAUCAUGAUAUUUUCGAUGGAGCAGGAUGUUAUCCUCCUUUACUUCACGAUAGUCCAGUUAUGAUGGGAUUAUUUCUGUCAGCACAAAAAAUGCGACUUCUUUUUCAACAUCAUACUACAUUGGAAAAAGCUCGAGAACAUCAAAUGUUUGGAUAUCAAGGAUAUAAUUUUUUUGCUCGUUGUGGUCGAUAUUUAGCAAUAAUUGGUGUUGAUGGACGGACUGAACGUGAUACAAAAACUGUUCAACACGAAAAAACUUGGGAUAUGAUCUUUGAUAAACUUGAAAAUAACUUGGACGAUGUUGAACAUUUAAUUGCUUUAUUUCCUGUUCCGUUUUCAUUCAUUCGUGUUCAUAUCGCUGAAUCGAUUAAUGAACGUCUAAAAAAUCUUCCGAAUAAAUGGCGAAGACUUCCACUUGUUAAACAAACUAAUUCAAUUUUUGGUUUACCUGAACUUUAUGAUGAUCUUCUCGAUGAAUGGACUCAUAAAGAUCAUAUUGAAGAACGAAAUCGUGCUCUUCUUCGUUUUCAACAAAUUUCUCAACAGAAAAAAGUUCGAAUCACUUAUUUUAGUGGUGAUAUUCAUUGUUGUGGCGUUGGUCGAUUUCAAACUAGAGGAUCUUAUCGACCAUUACCAAUUAAUGAUACUAGAUUAAUGUAUCAAAUUAUCUCAUCUGCAAUUGUUAAUAUGCCUCCAUCAAAAAUGGCCAUUCGUGUUGCUCAUCAUUUUAAAACUAAAUGGAAUCCAAUCGAAAAUACUGAAGAAGAAUUCAUUGAUUUUUUUAAACGAAGACCAGAAAAUGGAAAGAAAGCAUUUUAUAAAAAAUUUUGUCCGAAUCGAAAUUGGUGUUAUUUCGAACACUGCUCAAAUAUAAUCUCAUCAAUUGUUACUGUUGUUCAAACAUCAUGUCUUCAUUGUUUUCCAUCCACAGAUAACCUUGUUGUACCAGCCACUUUAGGUCCAACCUCUAAUCAACAAGGUAAAGGUAGUCAACAAUCUCCGAUUCAUUCUCAUUCUCAUCAAAAACUAUGUCAUGAACAAAUUGAAACAGAUCAACGACAACUUGGAAGUAAUGAUUUGGGAAUUCGAUUUUGGUUAGAAAGUGCACAUAAACACAGAGAUGGAAGACAAUUUGUUAGUUACGAUUUAUUCAUUCCUAAUCUCAAAUAA